AAGGAGGCGGGACUGGAAGUAGAAGCAGCUGCCUGCGAGAGCAGCAGAGGGGAAUCUGUAGACAGAGAGCAUCGAGAUUCUGAUCAUCUCCUUGAUGAAGACUGCUCAUAUUGGCUUUUUCUCUGUAAUAUGAAGACCCUGUUCUCUUCUUGGGCUUGUUCACGUUGCUAAUGGCAUCGGAAUCCAUGCUCCCUGCUCAAGCCAAGACUCAACAAACAAAGGGACGGAGGCAAAUCCAUCAUGACAAGCCGGUGACCGCUGACAAUGAGGGAGAUGUAUCUUUUGUCUUUGAAGCGGAUGAGGCAUGGAAAGAUUUUCACAGUUCACUUCUUCAUUUUUAUGAAGUGGGAGAGCUCUGUGAUGUCACCCUUAAGGUUGGUUCAAAGCUGAUUCCAUGCCACAAACUUGUGUUGGCCUGUGUCAUACCGUAUUUCCGGGCUAUGUUUCUUUCUGAUAUGGCAGAGGCUAAGCAGACACUGAUUGAGAUCCUUGACUUUGAUGGUGAUGCCAUAGAAGACCUGGUAAAGUUUGCCUACUCUUCCCGAGUGACCUUGACAGUGGACAACGUCCAACCUCUCCUGUAUGCAGCCUGUAUCCUGCAAGUAGAGUUAGUUGCCAAGGCUUGCUGUGAAUAUAUGAAGCUACAUUUUCAUCCAUCCAACUGCCUGGCUGUCAGGGCCUUUGCUGAAAGCCAUAAUCGCGUGGAUCUCAUGGAUAUGGCUGAUCGCUAUGCCAGUGACCAUUUUCCAGAGGUGGUGGAUUGUGAGGACUUUGUCAAUAUGUCACCUCAGCAUCUUUUCAAAUUACUGUCUUCCGGGGAUCUCAAUAUCGAGACUGAAAAGCAGGUUUACAAUGCAGCUAUCAAGUGGCUUCAUGCAAAUCCUCAGCACCAUGAUGCAUGGCUGGAUGGAAUAUUGUCUCAGGUGAGACUGCCCUUGUUACCUAUUGACUUUCUGAUGACAGUCGUUGCCAAAGAAGAUAUCAUCAAGCAGAAUUUAAAAUGUAGAGACUUACUGGAUGAGGCAAGGAAUUAUCAUCUCCACCUGAGCAAUCGAGCCGUACCGGAAUUUAAGUAUACUAUACGUACCACACCAAGGAAACAAACUGCUGGUGUUCUGUUUUGUGUGGGAGGACGUGGAGGCUCAGGAGACCCAUUUCGCAGUAUUGAAUGCUUCUCUUUAACAAGAAACAUCUGGUUCUUUGGCCCUGAGAUGAACAGCCGGAGACGACAUGUUGGUGUAAUCUCUGUUGGAGGUAAAGUCUACGCUGUAGGAGGCCAUGAUGGAAAUGAGCAUUUAGGUAGCAUGGAGGUGUUUGAUCCUCUUACUAAUAAAUGGAUGAUGAAGGCGUCAAUGAAUACAAAGAGGAGAGGAAUUGCACUGUCAUCACUUGGUGGCCCAAUUUAUGCAAUUGGUGGUCUGGAUGAUAACACAUGCUUCAAUGACGUGGAGCGAUACGACAUAGAGUCUGAUCGCUGGGGUACAGUGGCUCCAAUGAUCACUCCUCGAGGGGGAGUUGGGUCAAUUGCUCUUGUGAACCAUGUGUAUGCUGUGGGAGGAAAUGAUGGAGUUGCUUCCCUCUCGAGUGUGGAGAAGUAUGACCCACAUCUAGACAAGUGGAUUCACGUCAAGGAAAUGGGCCAGAGGAGGGCUGGAAAUGGAGUGAGUGAACUACACGGCUGCCUCUAUGUAGUAGGGGGCUUUGAUGACAAUUCUCCACUGAGUUCUGUAGAACGAUACGAUCCUCGCACGAACAAGUGGGAAUAUGUUGCAGAGCUCACUACCCCUAGGGGCGGAGUUGGCAUAGCAACACUAAUGGGGAAAAUCUAUUCAGUAGGUGGUCAUAAUGGAAAUGCUUAUCUGAACACAGUAGAAUCUUACGACCCCUCAAUGAACAGAUGGGAAAUUGUGGGUUCCGUAGCUCAUUGCAGAGCUGGGGCUGGUGUCUCUGUGUGCGCUUGCAUAUGUACACAAAUUAGAGAUGUUGGCCAGGGAUCCAGCAAUGUUGCCGACUGUAUGUGAUCCACACUCCCAAACCACUAACUGAUCCUCCAGUGAAGAUGCUGUACAUGGAACUGAAAAUCAAGGUCAAUGGGUUUUGUGUUUUGGUUUGCCUUGACAAAAAACAAUCUAAUACAAGUUUUCUUGUUUGUUUUUGGAGCUGAAAGGGGAAUUGUUGGUCAUAUUGGGUCUAUGACUGCUUCUAACCCUCCUCCUGCCUGAAAUUGCCUUUGGGAUUUAAACAGUUAAAAGAACAUGAGGAAAGAUACAGACAUAUUUUAAGCAUCACAGAUCUGCUAUUUUGGUAUUUUACUGAAUUUAGCUUGCAGGGGGUAGGAAAGACCAUCCUUAUCGUAUCACUAAGUAAGCGUCAAAUAAUUUAUAAUCUAUAUUUUUCCAUCUGGAGACCUUGUUGUUUAAAAAGCUAAAUGAAGGUUGCUCUCUUGACACAUGUUCUUUUGUGAUAAUGCGUGGAUAUUAUGUGUUCACAUAGCAUUAUUGGUGCAUAUUUGUAAAAUGAAUUUGUUUUCUGUUCAUAGGAAGUAUAAACCUAAUUUUAAGUUGUUGUUUUUUUGUUUUGUUUUAAUUUAUUGAAGUGCCAAAUGUUUUUGCAUAAAGCUUCACA